AUGAGAGCAAAAAAGGCUGCAAAUGUUGAAAAAACUCAUGGCACAACCAUCAAAGAAAUAGACCACUUAGUUGAAACCAAUGAAGUUAUUUUGGAGGGAUUUGAUGAUGAUGAACAUCAUUCCAACAAUUCUCCUACAAGACCUUCUAUUACCAAUUCUCAAGAUGUAUCAUCAUCUAGGACUAAGAAGCGAGUAAAGAAGGUUAUUGAAGAUGAUACAAGCAUGAUUGAGAUUUCCAAAACUUUCAAAAAAAUGGUUGAUGUGUUUGAAAUGAAUUCCAUGGAGCUGGUCAAACAGAGUAAAAAUGCUAAUGGUGGAGGUAUUUGGGCUGAAUUGGUCGAGAUUGGGGUUGAACCAAGUUCUUUGCCUCUUGUAUACAUGUACCUUGUUAAGAAUGUCGAUGCAUUGAAAACUUUUAAUGGAAUUCCAAUCGAUAAGCGGAAGGAAAUGUUACAUCUCAUUGUUCCAGACUAUCCCUUUUGA